AUGUACCGAGGAGAAAUACCCAGCUCAGCGCCACUUCCAGGGGAGCUCAGAUGUGACUGCUACCCGUGUGCCUUGCCAACCAGCAUGCCUGAAAGGUGGCACCGUGUGAUGGAUGCCCUGUGCGACAGGGGAGUCCAGAGCGGUGGGAUGGGGAGAGAGCUGGGAGUAGUUUAUUUGAGGGAGAUGGGAACACAGCCCCUGGUUAGUGUCACAGCCUCUGGAACAGUUUGCUGCAGGUGUGACAGCGCUGUUAGCACGGCGGGGUUUGCUCAGCCCUGCUUUGCAGCAGGAUGUGCCCUCGCACCUGGGGAAACAAGGCCCGGUGGGGCCUGCACAGGCCGAAGUUUCGCACAACUCACACUUGAGCGGUGCGACUCAAACGAAGUCACACGCGAGGGAAAUACAACCCUUCGCUACCCUCUGCGUGGCACCAGCGGGUCUUUAACACUCUCAAAUCCGAGCAUUUCCAGCACAACCCUUUCCCAGGGCUGGGGGGGCUGCAAACCCGCUGAAAGUAGCUUUAGUGAAGAAGAAGAAGAAAAACUUCAAACUGCUUUUUCAUUGGAAAAGCAGGAUCUUCAUCUAGUUCUGGAAACUGUAUCAUUCAUUUUGGAACAGGCAGUCUAUCACAAUUUGAAGCCUGCUUCAUUGCAACAACAGCUGCAAAGCAUUCACCUGGAUCAAGACAAAGCUGAAGCAUUUGCCAGUGCAUGGGCAGUUGCAGGUCAAGAUACGAUUGAAAAGUUCAGACAGAGGGUUUUGACACCUCAGAAGCUUGAAACAAUUGGGUGGCAGCUUAAUCUUCAAAUGGCAGAGUCCAUGCAAGCAAAGCUGAAAUCUCCUCGAGCUGUGCUGGAGCUGGGAGUAAGCAAUGAAGAUUCAAAGACCCUGAAGAAAGUGUUUGUAGAAUUUAGCCAUCAGGAGCUGUUUGAGUUCUACAACAAGCUGGAAACUAUACAAGCACAGCUGGAUUCCCUUACAUGAUGUUUUUGAAGACUAAUUUCUCCAUCACACUCUUGCCACUUCAUUAUUUUGAAUUGAAGAUAGAUUGCCAAGCUGUGUUUGCUGAAGGAUUCCGUGGGUUGCUUCCUGUAAAAUUAUAUGGCUUAUCUCCUUUUUCGACCAGUAACAUUUACCAGGAGUCUUUGUUACGAGUCUGAAGACUCUAAUGGACUUUCUCUUGUUUUCUGAGCAAUUGUGAAGAAUGUCGGCGCUACUUGCAG